GUCUGACUCGGCUCUGGGUUCAGGUCUACCAUGUACCCCCUCUUCCUCCUCCUCCUCCUGGAUCAGGUUUCCGUGGCGACAGCGGCGCCAAAAUGUCAGGAUGGUACCGACACAGACGGACGGUGGACCAAGAACUGCGAGGCAGCUGGACUCGACGACGUCCCCGCAGGACUGGACCCCAUGAUCAAGGUAAUGGAAGAACUGAACCAAGACCGGACCAGAAACAAGAACCAAAGUCCUGAGUCAGAAGACUAGACACAGACUAGACCAAGACUAGAACCAAGACUAGAACCAAGACUCGACUGACACAGUUUUUAUUUUCAAUAAACUCCAUCAUGAUAUCAGACGAUAAAAACCUGAAAACUCAGACAAGAACCGAGUGACGAGAAUAAACUCAUGAUCCGAACGUUUUUGACCAGAAUGAGAAAAAUAACGACUGUGAAGUUUGUUAAAACAGGAACACAAAAACAUGAAACAGACGAGAGAGAGAGAGAGUGAGGGAAAAAAGACGAGAAAGAAACUGGAAUCAAAAUAAUGACGGGAGUCAAACUGAAAACAUUUAUAUAUAUAAAACAUACAUCAGUGUUAAACUUGUACUGUAUGUAUUAGUAUAAAUUAUAUAUAUAUAUAAAACAUACAUCAGUAUUAUACUUGUACUGUAUGUAUUAGUAUAAAUUAUUUAUAUAUAUGUAUAUAUAUAACAUACAUCAGUAUUAUACUUGUACUGUAUAUAUUAGUAUAAAUUAUAUAUAUAUAUAAAACAUACAUCAGUAUUAUACUUGUACUGUAUAUAUUAGUAUAAAUUAUAUAUAUAUAUAAAACAUACAUCAGUAUUAUACUUGUACUGUAUAUAUUAGUAUAAAUUAUAUAUAUAUAUAUAACAUACAUCAGUAUUAUACUUGUACUGUAUAUAUUAGUAUAAAUUAUAUAUAUAUAUAAAACAUACAUCAGUAUUAUACUUGUACUGUAUAUAUUAGUAUAAAUUAUAUAUAUAUAUAUAACAUACAUCAGUAUUAUACUUGUACUGUAUAUAUUAGUAUAAAUUAUAUAUAUAUAUAAAACAUACAUCAGUAUUAUACUUGUACUGUAUAUAUUAGUAUAAAUUAUAUAUAUAUAUAUAACAUACAUCAGUGUUAUACUUGUACUGUAUAUAUUAGUAUAAAUUAUUUCCAGAAUUAACGAGAGUCAGAGUGAAAUUAGAAAUUAAAGCAGAAUCUUUUAUUUUAUAGUUUUUUUGUCACGUUCAUGUUAAACAAGGUCAACGGUGAAAUGAAACGCCGUGGAUGAGAGGAGCGCUCGACUCAACGGAGUACAGAUAAAAACAGACACUUAGUCCUGAAGACAGGGGGCGCUGUAAACUCUGGGGUCUUUCAGGCAGAAGUUAAACUGUCUGUCAGCAGAGACUCAACUUCCUGUUCCUGACGACCAGACGGUUGUUAGACAGGAAGUCCUGACAGUUUUCUUCUUCUACUCUCUGUUUUAGGUUCUGCUGUUCCCUGAUAACCUGUUCUCCAGCUUAUCCUGGUCCUCCUUCCAGGUCUUCACAGACCUACAUCAGCUCGACCUCACGGGGAACAAGGUGACGGAAAUAUCUUCGUUUGUUGACGUUUCCUCUUUAGUUACUGUUACAGAAGCUCCGCCCACAGUGGGAAGUCCUUCCUGAUUGGUGGGACGAAGUCAGGAGGGAAAUUUACCGUCAGAAAGCGUUUUUACCCCGGAGCGAGAUGAUCUUUGGUUUUUGACCUUCAGCCUUUCUCUGGUCCAGGUUCCAGAGGUCAGACCAAGCGAGUCUCCGCUCCUGCCCACCCUCAGUGUCCUUAAACUGGGCUCGAACCGUCUGACCUCCCUCCCAGACCACGCCUUCACCGCCUGCCCGGCUCUGACAGAACUUUACCUGGACAACAACACGAUCCAGACCAUAAGAGACCAGACCUUCUCUGGACUGGGUAAACUCCAGGUCAGAGGACCAUCAUGAUCGUUUUCGUUAGAAACUUUCAUUUCACUUUAGUUUGAAUAAAAGCUUCUAAAUCAUGAUUAAAAUAUCCUUCAGAUUUCAUCUUCUACAGCAGCUUCUCCUCCUCCUCCUCUGGUUCCUUCUCAUUCGCUCUCCUUCUUUUCCAGAUCCUAGACUUGUCAUCCAAUCACAUCAAGGUUCUCCCUGCGCUCAUGCUCCACCCCCUCCGUGCCAUCGAGUUCCUGUACCUCGAGAAAAACAAGGUGACCCGCCUCAGUAAGAACACGAUCACAGGACUGAAAAUCUGCCGUUUUAGACCAGAAACACUCGGACCUGAAGAGACGGAAGAACUCCGACUCUGAAACAUGUGAGGAAGAUGGACUUGGUGGAACCAGGACUCUACGUUCUUCAGGUCUCAUGGUGACAGAGAGUCAGGGUCAGGGUCAGGUUUGAAGGUUUACCCCCGACCUCCACCUUCAUCCUGAUGGUCUCCUAAAAGGUCGUAUCCUCCGAUCGUAGCUGAUCGUAACCGUUCAAGUUAACGUGUCGAUUUACACCGACUUCUUUCCGUUCCUCUGCGGAUCGCCGGACUCCUCAGCUGAUCACAAGAGUUCUAUUUUUUCUGGACGCCGGAGCAUGGCGGAUAAAUUCAGCACAGAUUAACCCGUGCUGGAAAGGAAGUCGGGCACAGACACAAAAUAAAACAUCCGGCUUCUUUUCAAAAUAAAACACAACCUUUCACUUGUUUGGGCGGAGACGAACAGGUGAAAGGUUUGCGUAGGAACCCUGGGUGGAAGUUAGAUUUGAGGGUCAGGACCUUCCAAACACGGUGAAUCCUCGUUAGCGUCACUGACCUUCCCUGUUGUUGUCGUCUGUGUGGGACGGCCUUCCACCUCGCUGUUUAACCUUCUAUAAACCCGAUCACCUCAGCCUACGUCUGAAACGUUUUCUCUCCUUUCAGAUCCGGCUCAUGCCUGACGGUUGGUUCAGUGCCAAGGAGGAUGUUCCUUAUCUGUUCUUCUCGUCCAAUCCCUGGGACUGCACCUGUCCCAACCUCUACCUGACUGUCUAUGUUCUUGAGUUUGACAGUAACUUCUACACCAGGUCAGGAGAAACCCACACGGGUAACCCCGAGAAAGUGGUAAGUCCAGAAACAGGAAGUCCCUUCUCUGAGGAGGAAGCAGAUCAGACAGGAUCCACUAACCCUGAGGUCUUGUUCUGGUCUUGUUCUGAUCUUGAAGGAGUGUGGAUCUCCACCGUCUCGUCGGGGUAAACCUGUAAUGAGUCUCACUGAGUCGGAUCUGUGUUCACCUGAAAGAGGGGACUUCCUCCAGCCCAGUAAUCCUGCCGCAGAUCCACCAACCACCCGUCCUCCUCCUACUCCACCCGCCACCUUCACCCAAGACCCUUACACCGAGUCCUACUGGGACUUCACUGACUACCAGGACUUCACGAGUUUAAUGGAGUGGUCGAGUUACACAGGUCAUGUGACUGCAGCUGGGUCCACCCUCAUUCCAGAAGAACCAACGACCGAAGAUCCGAACUACAGAACGACCCCGCUAACAACGACGACGAGACCUGCUAAGACCACGAAGGUAACGUAUCCGAUCCACUUUAUUGACAUAAAAACACUUUUAAAAAACAAGUUUACCAAAGUUCUAAUAAAGUAAAACAGAAAAGAACUGAAAACAUCGAGAUGAGAUAAAUAAAAGCAGGAAAAAAAACAUUUGAAAUGAAAUAAAAACACAAAAGCAUCAGAGAAAUAAAAGCCAAGAAAUAGAAAUGAGUUUGAAGAAGUUGUUCAAAGUGGAAAGAGUGAGCGAGGUUUUCAUCUCGAUUCGUUAAAGCCGAGAAAGCUCGGUCGCUGCUGAGUUUUUUAACGAGUUUUAGGGACGACGAGUUGGAGCUGAUCAGCUGACCUGAAGGAAGGUGUGGGGGUGUAAACAUUUAAGAGGUCAGAGGUCAACUGUGGUGCUGAUCCAUUCAAAGGUUUAAAAACAAACAUUUUCAAAUCAAUUUAAAACAAAUUUUAAAAUGAAUUUUACAAAUCAUUUUAUAGUGAACCUUUAAAUGAACUUCAAAUAAAUUCAAAAAUGAAUUCUAAAAUGAAUUUUUAAAUGAAUGAUAGAAUUAAUUUUAAAAUAAAUCCUAAAAUAAAUUCUAAAAUGAUUUUAAAAUAAAUUCUAAAAUAAUUUUAAAAUAAAUUCUAAAAUGAUUUUAAAAUAAAUUCUAAAAUAAAUUCUGAAAUGAUUUUAAAAUAAAUCCUAAAAUAAAUUCUAAAAUGAUUUUAAAAUAAAUUCUAAAAUAAUUUUAAAAUAAAUUCUAAAAUGAUUUUAAAAUAAAUCCUAAAAUAAAUUCUGAAAUGAUUUUAAAAUAAAUCCUAAAAUAAAUUCUAAAAUGAUUUUAAAAUAAAUUCUAAAAUAAUUUUAAAAUAAAUUCUAAAAUGAUUUUAAAAUAAAUCCUAAAAUAAAUUCUGAAAUGAUUUUAAAAUAAAUCCUAAAAUAAAUUCUAAAAUGAUUUUAAAAUAAAUUCUAAAAUGAUUUUAAAAUAAAUUCUAAAAUGAUUUUAAAAUAAAUCCUAAAAUGAUUUUAAAAUAAAUUCUAAAAUGAUUUUAAAAUAAAUCCUAAAAUAAAUUCUGAAAUGAUUUUAAAAUAAAUCCUAAAAUAAAUUCUAAAAUAAUUUUUUAAUAAAUCCUAAAAUAAAUUCUAAAAUGAUUUUAAAAUAAAUCCCAAAAUAAAUUCUAAAAUGAUUUUAAAAUAAAUCCUAAAAUAAAUUCUGAAAUUAUUUUAAAAUAAAUCCUAAAAUAAAUUCUAAAAUAAUUUUAUAAUAAAUCCUAAAAUAAAUUCUAAAAUGAUCUUAAAAAAAUUCUAAAAUGAUUUUAAAAUGAAUUCUAAAAUGUUUUUAAAAUGAAGCCGAUGGAGGGACGUCGGAAUCGUAGUGAUGUGGUCAUGUUGUGGUUGUUAAAAGUCGAGCAGCAGCGUUUUAGACGAACUGUGAGAGAAACCGGAUUAACACCGACGUGUUGAAGAGCGUUCCAGUCGACCAACCAGAGAGCAGAAUAAAAACAGGAGUGACUCGUUAAAAAUCAGUAAAAGAUCAAACUGAUUUAUUUUUGGGAGAAAAGACUCGGAUGAUAAAAAAAACUGGAUUUAACAUCAGAGUUAAAAUGAUUGUCGACUUUUACACCGAGAUUAAAAACUGUGGGUCUAAAAUAAUCAGGUACCAGAGGGUCCAGAUCCCUGAGGGGGUCUCCUGGGCCCCAAAGAGGAUUAAUUCAGUUUUCUUUUGAAUGUUGGAUCAGGUCUGGAAAGUCUCAAGAACUGCUUCUGAAACCACGUCCACUCCUGCGACCGAGCCCACUUUUAAGACCACGCCCAUCCCCGAGGCCACGCCCACUUUUAAGACCACUCCUGAGACCACACUCACUCCUGAGACCACAUCUACUUCUAAGACCACGCCCACUCCUGAGACCACAUCUACUUCUAAGAUCACGCCCGCUCCUGAGACCACGCCCACUCCUGAGACCCCUGCUCCUGCAGUCCGCCCCUCUACGACCCGAAGUGGAUCAGUCGGAGGAUCAGGACUGUUCUGUUUCUGGCUCUUUGCUGGUCUCCUGCUGCUCGGCAUCAUCUCUGCAGGGUCCACGUUGGUGACUCUGUGGAGGAUGAAGGUCUGGUACCUGAAGGUCUACAGACCGCUGAAGGACGCGGUAGGAAAGGAGGGAAGGAGCGAGGGACUGAGGCUGUUAGUGAACAAGAAGGAGACAUCAGGAGGAGACAUGAAGGUUCUGCACAGGUCUGUUCUGUUCAUCCGCAGAGAGGGAGGAGAAGAUGGAGAGGGAGGAGAAGAUGGAGAGGGAGGAGAAGAACGGCGUCCCCUCGCUCUGAAGCCUUCAGGAGCAGGAGGAGGGGAGGAAAGAGGAGUGUACAGGAAGACCUGGAACCGUCUGAUUAGCAGAGAGGAAGAGAUAGAGGGGUGGAGGGAUGUGGUGGAGGAUGGAGGGAGGAGAGGAGGAGAGGGAGGUGGAGGAGGAAUGACCACGAAGCGUUACAGUGUGAUUGUGAGAGAGGAGAGGGAGAAAGGGGGAGAGGGGGGAGAGAGGCUUGACUGGGUGGUGGGUGGAUGGGAGGUGAAAAAAGGCGGAGGAAGAGAGGAGGAGCAAAGGAGCAGCUGGGGGGAGUGGCUAGUAGACUACUUACCCAGAAUGCCGUGGAGCGUGUCCAUGCCCUCUGAGGAGAAGGAGGAGGAGCCUCAGAGGAGCCAUGAUGGCUGAAGAGAUAAAUUACAUAAAUAUAAACACUAGAUGACUCACGCACGCUGUUAGCCAAUGGAGACCGACGUCCGCGCAUGGCGGCCAUCUUGCUAAGGGCAGCUCUCCCACUCCUAACACUCCAGUCUACAGUUCAUGUAACAUUAAAACAACCAUAGAUUGAUUAAUUUAAAUAAACAUUGAUUAAUUUUAAUAACCAUAGAUCGAUUAAUUUUAAAUUUAUUUUUAAACAGUUUGUUUUGUCACAAACCUCAGAGUUUUAGUUCCUGUUUACUGAAGAAUAAUUGUAACCAUGGAUUUACAUAAACAUUAAACAGAUAGGUAGAGUAAUAGUUUAAACAUUUAAUCAUUCCAUGUUUGUUAUAUCAGUGAUAUUUCUGUAUAACGAUAAUCUAUAAAUAUUUAUUUUCAGUAUAAAUUUCUGCCUCUUGUUUUUAUUUGAGAUGUUUCUAACAAACCAAACAGUUUGUAAAUCAUGUGUAACUUUUGUUGAAUCUAAAGAUCAUUUCUGCCUCUUUAACUGAUGAAAAAUUACUGCGUCAUCUUUGUACCUUUGGUCUCAGUCAGAGCGAGUCUGUUAGACAAGUUAGACAGCUGAUAAACACAAACGAAGAUCUUUAUCUUAAUCUGUCCAAACAUCCCGACUCAUAGCCACGUUAUUAAGGUCUGUAAUAAACUAAAGGAUUUGUAAAUCUGUCAAGAUUUCCCAUAAUUCCCAUAUUUCCCAUAAUUCCGAUGGAAAGUUUCCAAUUUGGAAUAUUUCCAAAAUUCCCAAGUUUAACUUUCCAUCGAAAGUUUCUGGAAAUUUUCCGCCCCUUUGCCCCAACCCUAGUUGGCGUCGUAUUUUUCUGGUAUAAAUCACCAUAAAGUCUCUCUGUGGAACAGUGGAGUGGUUUCUCUCUGUGGGGUGGGUGAGUGGAUGGGUGGGUCCUGAAGUUGUAGUAGUUCAUCUGAGUGUUCCUUUAAUAAAUCAUUCUUCAAGCGUUGA